AUCUCACCUUAAUAAGCACAUCAGAAUUCACACAGGUGAGAAGCCUUUCAAAUGCCUGUCCUGCGGAAACAGUUUCGCUUAUAAAUCUGACCUUAAAAAACACAUUAAAGUUCACUCUGUUGAGAAGAAAUUCAAAUGUCUGUCCUGUCCACACAGUUUCAAAAGGAAAUCUCUUCUUUAUAAACACAUCAGAAUUCACCCAGGCGAGAAGCCUUUCUCCUGUACAGUUUGUGGCAAAAGUUUUACUAUAAAAAGUAGUUUGACUGAACACUUCAAGAUUCACUCUGAUGAAAUACCUUUUUCUUGCAACACUUGUGGAAAAAGCUUCACUCACAAAUCUAAUCUUGAUAAACACAUCAGAACUCACACAGGUGAGAAGCCUUUCCCCUGUACAGUUUGUGGCAGAAGCUUUUCUGUAAAAUGUAGUUUAACUGCACACAUGAUAACUCACACUGGUGAGAAGCCUUUCUCCUGCAUGAUGUGCGGCAAAAGUUUUACUGGAAGAACUUCUUUAAAAAAACACGUCAGAAUUCACACAGGUGAGAAGCCUUUCUCUUGUACAGUUUGUGGCAAAACUUUUAAUGAAAAUUGUAGGUUAACUGAACACAUCAGAAUUCACACAGGUGAGAAGCCUUUCACCUGUACAGUUUGUGGAAAAAGCUUUGCUGUAAAACGUAGUUUAACUGCACACAUGAUAACUCACACUGAUGAGAAACCUUUGUCCUGCACAAUAUGUGGCAAAAGUUUUACUGGAAAAACCUCUUUAAAUAAACACCUCAAAAGUCACACAGGUGAAGAGCCCGUCUCCCGUACAGUUUGCAGUAGCGAAAGUUUUGACUAACUUAACUAAACGCAUGACUCAUGGGAGUAACUUUUGUAAUCCAUGACACAUGAAACUCAUCUUAAAGAUAUUGAUUUCUUCACAUAAGAAGUCACAGUAGCCGUAGACACACUGAAUCCAAUUCUUCCUCUGAUCCGACAGAAAAUCGUGUCUGAUGAAUUCAUGGCAUUUAGCGC